AUGACCAGCGACGAAGCAGCCGCUAUGGAUCCCCAACAGCGCCUGCUCCUCGAAGUCACAUACGAAGGAUUCGAAAAUGCCGGAAUCCCCCUCCACAAAGUCACAGGAAGCCAGACGGCCUGUUUCGUGGGCUGCUUCAACGCAGAUUAUACCGAUCUCCUGCUGCGCGACCCCGAGCGCAUCCCCAUCUACCAAUGCACCAACGCCGGCCAGUCCCGCGCCAUGACCGCCAACCGCAUAUCCUACUUCUUCGAUAUGAAGGGGCCCAGUGUUACUAUCGACACGGCCUGUUCGGGCAGCCUCGUCGCCCUGCAUCUGGCAUGCAGUAGUCUGCAAAACGGCGAUGCGUCGAUGGCCGUUGCGGCGGGGGUCAAUGUGAUUCUGAGCCAUGAAUUCAUGUCCACCCUGUCAAUGAUGAACCAUGCAUUGCAGGACAAUGAUCCCAUCCGCGCCAUCAUCCGCGCCUCGGGAUCGAAUCAAGACGGCCGGACACCAGGCAUCACGUUGCCUAGUGGCGCGGCCCAGGAAGCCCUCAUCCGUAGUGUGUACAAGCGCGCUGGGUUGAACCCGUUAGACACGGAGUUUGUCGAGACACACGGCACAGGAACACAGGCCGGAGACCCGAUUGAGACCGGCGCGCUUGGAAGGGUGUUUGCGGAGAAUAGAGAUCCGAACAAGCCCUUGCGGAUUGGGUCGAUCAAGACGAACAUUGGCCAUCUCGAGGGUACAAGUGGUAUUGCAGCCGUGGUGAAGGCAACUUUAAUGCUAGAGAAUCGUGUCUUUCUUCCGAAUCGGAAUUUCGAAACGCUGAACAGGCGGAUCUUGCUGGAUGACUGGAAACUCAAGGUGCAACUAUGUCCAGAAUCAUGGGAAAGCCCUGGGCCACGUCGGGUAUCAGUGAAUAGCUUCGGGUACGGUGGGAGCAACGCGCACAUCAUCAUGGAAGAGGCAUCGAGCUGCUCCAGGCGACGAGUGUCUGAUGAUAAAGGCAAGUCUUGCAAUACGCCACGGGACCGGAUCUACAUGCUUUCUGGCUUCGACGAGGUCUCAGUCGCCGACCAGAUCAGCAACCUACAAGAAUAUCUCGCGAAAAAGUCAUCAUCAAUCGAUGAUGAAUAUCUAAACGACCUUGCGUUCACGCUUAAUGAACGCCGUACACACCACCGCUACCGUACAGCUGUGAUAGGAAACUCUGCUGAGGCAUUGGUAGCAGCAUUGAAGAACCACCCGAAGCUGCAGACGGCCUCUCGCCGACCCCGAAUUGGCUUCGUGUUUACCGGACAAGGUGCACAGUGGUGUGGGAUGGGCAAGGAGCUCCUUGACGUAUAUCCUGUGUUUCGACAGUCGAUCGAUCGAAUAGACAGAUACCUUCAAACUUUAGGCGCGCCGUUUUGUACACUCGGCUCAGAUCCCGCGGUGCUGAACCACCCCCUCCUCAGCCAGCCCAUCUGCUCAGCUGUGCAGAUUGCCCUGGUAGACCUUCUCGUUUCCUGGGGUAUACGCCCAGACUCGGUGAUCGGGCACUCAAGCGGCGAGAUCGCUGCUGCAUAUGCAUUUGGCGCUUUGAGCAUGGAGGACGCCAUGGCAGUCGCAUAUUAUCGCGGCGUCGUGGCCAGCAAGCUAGCUUCAGACGAUACAUCUUGUCCAGGGGCCAUGCUUGCUGUGGGAAUGUCUCCCGAUGAAACCCAGCAGCACAUCAACCAGCUAAAAACCGGAAAAGCGGUGAUCGCUUGCCUAAACUCCCCAUCCAGCGUCACUGUCUCGGGCGACGCAGCAGCCAUCGACGAACUGCAGGAUAUACUCCACGACCGCGUUUUCACACGCCGGCUGGCCGUUAAGGUCGCCUAUCACUCCCACCACAUGGAGCCAGUGGCCGAUGAAUAUACGAAGCUUAUUGCACAUAUCAAGCAUGGACAUAAUAAUGUAAUGAUUAAUGAUAAUCCCCAGGGCCAUGUCUCGUUCUUCUCCUCGGUGACUGGCGCCGAAGUCGAAGCCUCCGAUCUAGGGCCACAGUACUGGGUCCGAAAUCUUGUCUCCCCGGUGCGAUUCACGGAUGCCUUGCGCGCUUUGUGCUUUGACACGGGCUCAAAAGGGGGUAUGAACGAUGGCAAACGUGCAAGACGCAGCGGUACCGCGCGCAAGGCCAGAAUCGACAUGCUCGUCGAGAUCGGACCUCAUGCGGCCUUGUCAGGGCCUAUCAAGCAAACAAUUGAGCAUGACGCGCGACUGAAAGCUGCAGAAAUCCUAUACACAAGUGUCUUGAUACGGAAGAGUCAUGCAGUAACGACGGCGCUUAAUAUUGCUGCUACUCUGGCUUGCGCCGGCCACUCGGUCACUUUCCAGGCUAUCAACAACCCUUCGCCCUCGAGGCCCGUACGUGUUCUCGUCGAUCUCCCUCCCUACGCUUGGAACCAUACCAGAUCAUAUUGGGCAGAGCCACGGCUCAGCAAAGCAUUCCGGAAGCGAAAGUACCCUCGGACGGAUCUUUUAGGGGCCCCAGACACAAGUUCCUGCCCUUUCGAGCCGCGCUGGAGGAAUAUAGUCCGGCUCUCUGAGUUGCCUUGGCUGCAAGACCAUAGGAUUCAAUCCAGCAUUGUGUAUCCCGCGGCUGCGUAUAUUGCCAUGGUAAUUGAGGCAAUGUUACAGGUUACUUCAGAGGCAGCAGAGUCAGAGUCGAGAGGCUUCGUCCUUCUGGAAGAUGUUUCGAUAAAAUCGGCCCUCAUCAUCCCGGAACAUUCAGCAGUGGAGAUGCUGACUUCGUUCAGACCCUGGGAUAGCAACCCGCAAUCAGAGCCGAAAUAUGAGUUCCACAUAUACUCUGCCACGGAUGACAACAAAUGGACUGAGCAUUGCACUGGGCUGGUGGGUUUCCGACACGUCGCAGACGAGAUGGACACGUCUCUGGCAGGAGCUGGUCUUGAAUUGUCGGCGUUGAACGUCAAACAGUUUUAUGAGAGGCUGUCCAGUAUCGGCCUCGAAUACGGCCCAUACUUCUCCAAUAUCUCGAGCGCCCAGUUCGCCAACAAUAUGUGCACGGCGAAGGUCUCAAUCCCUGACACUGCGUCUGUUAUGCCGAUGGGAUUCGAGUAUCCGUGUAUCAUACACCCAUGCACGUUGGACAGUAUCAUCCAAACUGUAUUCGCUGGAAUGAAUUUGAUAUCCAGCCCUGCUGUCCCUGUCCAUAUUGAUCAGAUAUCCGUAUCACGUUCGAUCACGUCUACUGCCGGCAGCGAAUUAGAUAUCCACACUCUCAUCCAUCGACGGCGAAAGGACGCCAUAACGGCCUCGAUUUCCGCAACGGAGCUAGACGGCAGUGCUGGUAUUGCCAUCAAAAAUCUAAGGUGCAAGAGGCUGGAUGUUGAUCGACCGGCAGGUAGUAUCAAGGCCCAGAAUCGUAUUGCAUAUGACCUGGAGUGGAAGAUAGACCCUGACUUCCUCCUUCAUGACGGACUGUCAAAACUUUUCAAAAGGAAAAGUGCUCCAGCCGGGCGCAGCGAGUCAGAUGGGCUGUUAGAUGCAUGCGCUUUGCAUUACAUCCGGAGAUGUGUCGACGAGGUCAACCAACUCCACGGGAAUGUGAAUCUUCACAGAGCACAACUGAAAUAUUUCCGGCAAGUGGUGCAGAAUCACCGACAGACUGAUAUUACAGAAGCGGAUUUUACUGCGGCGCGAAACUCUGGACCCCAGGGAGCUUUACUAGCCGUGAUGGGCGAAGGCCUUCUGAAUACAUUGAACCGAGAUACCAGCCCAGAGCACGUAGAAGCCAGCACCGCUUGGGAAGAUUACUGGAAAUUCGUUCACGAAGACCCAAUCAACGACGACCUCAUGGAGUACCUGGAUCUGGUGUGUCACAAGAACCCCAUGAUCACGAUACUGGAGCUCGAAGCGGGUGCAGGAGGUGCUUUUAAACGGUUCCUCAAGCGCUACCCAGAAGGCAGUCUGCCGUGCAGCAGGUACGUGGCUACCCAUCCUUCAUCUAGUUUCGUCGAAAGGUGGGCCCCGACAUAUUCGAAGCUGGGGCCAGUUCUCGAAUUCAAACAACUCGACAUCGAAGAGGAUUCAGAUAUUAGCAAGCAGCGAUUUGAUGUAGUGAUUGGUCUGAGCGGUCUCUACACGGUCAACUCAAAGCACGUUGCGCUCAGAAACAUCCAUACUCUGCUGAAGGAGGACGGAAAGCUCCUGAUGAUCGACCCUGUCUCCAACUCUACACCGACAAACGUGGUCAUAUUUUCAAACUAUCCUGGACAAUGGAGCAAGGGUCACUUUGGCCAUCUGGAAUCGGACUGGAAAGCUGCGCUAGUUCGGGCCCAGUUUCCCCCACGCAGAAUCCAUCUGAAUCGUUCGGGCGAUAGUUUGAUGCUCGUGGCGCAGAAACAGACAGAGACAGCUACCGGAAGUGCAGACAUUCUGAUUAUAGCGGAUGGCCACUCUGCCGUCUGUCUGGUCCGCCUGCAAGAGCUGUUCCUCUCGUCGUCAUCAACGGUGGAGGUGACGGAUCUUCGACAGGCUGAGCCAGCUGGUAAACUCACCAUUGUCUUGAGUGAUCUGACACAUUCUGUACUCGCACAGCCAGAUGAGAAGACAUGGAACAUCACGAAAGACAUAUUUUUGAAAUCACAUGGAUCGCUCUGGGUCACUCGAGGGGGCGCACCCUCUCCUACCAACCCAGACACUGGGCUCGUCACCGGGUUUGCAAGAACCGCUCGCUCUGAAUCGGGUGUACAGACCAUUGUGACUCUUGAUCUUGAUGGACGGAAGCCUCUGUGUGAGGAGAUGGCAGCUCAGGUGAUCUACGACCUUGUUCAACAUCGAUUCCUGAGGAAGUCCAGUAACGUUGAUACUGAGUAUUCCGAGAGGAACGGCCUGCUCUUGAUACCCAGAGUCGUUGAGAAUACUGAUUUGAAUGACGCACUUGGAUUUCGUAAUUCCCAAGCUUCGCACAUUGAGCCAUUCCAUCAGCCGGGCCGACCACGUCGAGCGGUUCUGGACAAUCAUGACACACUAAGGGUUCUUUUCGAGGAGAUUUCCCAGACCACACCACUCGCCGAUUGUGAUGUUCGAAUUGAAGUCCACGCUGCUAGCGUUAGCAAAAGCAGUUUGGAUAUGGUCGAUGGUUCGGCUAAGAAUGAGCUGCUCUUGAUCGAUGCAUGUAGUGGCCUCGUGGUGGCCACUGGGAUGGGCGUGCAUGGUCUGAGUCCUGGAGAUCGAGUUCUGUGUCUUGCAUCAGGGCCACUGGAAAGUGUGUACCAGGACAAGAUGACUGCAUUUCACAAGAUCCCAUCGGAGAUUGGUAUGGAAGCUGCUGUGGCGCUACCAACGGCGUAUUGUGCUGCAUUACACGUUGUGCACAACAUUGCCCAUAUAAGGCCGGGUCAGAAAGUCCUCAUUUACUCUACGGCUACUGCAUUUGCACAGGCAGUUAUACAUAUAUGCCGUCGGUUAAAAGCUCAGGUAUUCGCGAUUGUGAAUACAGCCGCAGAAAAGAGCAUUCUACUAUCAGCCUCGCUCAUCCAGAAUGAGGAAUGUAUACUUGAUGACCGUGACUUCACUCCCAGAGACGUCUCAGCGUUUACCAAAGGUGAAGUUGACGUGGUCAUUGAUUUCGCAAAUUCUAGGGACCAGCAUUUGACUGAUCUUGUGCGUCCAUAUGGCCAUUUUAUCCAAGUCCAGAAUCAAACUCUCGAAGGGAGAAGUAGACGGCAGAUGCCCCGUCUCCGAGAGGACAUCAGCUUUACUAAAUUUGACUUCGAUCACUUCAGAAGGAGACGACCGGAGAUGAUAGAGGACAUAUUCACGCAGUUCGGAAAUUUGCUACAGGAUGGCUCUCUUCAUGUACCACCUCUACCGGCGUACCCAAUCUCAAAGGCGUCGGAAGCUCUUCAAAAGCUCGAGUCCGACUCCGGGAGCGAGUCCAUCAUAAUCACAGCAACAUCCAACGACACCGUACAGGUCAUGCACAAAAGCGAUUCCAGGCUUCUUCGACCAGACGCAUCGUAUAUGCUAGUGGGAGGACUCGGUGGUAUCGGACGAGCAAUAGCACUCUGGAUGGCAGACCACGGGGCAAAGACACUUGUACUCGACACUCAUAUCGAGAAGAUGACUCUCGAGAACUACGAAUCCGUCCUCAGACCGAAGUACAACGGCACUUGGAACCUGCACCGCUAUUUGCCAUCCGACUUGGACUGGUUCAUCAUGUUGUCUUCCAUCAGCGGAAUAAUCGGCAAUGCUACCCAGGCUGCCUACGCCGCGGGCUCAACCUUCAUGGAUACAUUCGCCGCCUACCGACGGUCCCUCGGCCUACCCGCUGUGUCCCUGGAUCUGGGGGUGAUCACCGACUCCGGGUACCUAUCUGAAAAUACGGAUCUAGCGUCUAAGAUGGCACGACAUGGUUUCCAAGGGACAGACACCAGAACGUUAAUGUCGCUGAUAGAGGCGACCAUUACGCACCAGGACAGUGAUACGGUCAAACCGCAGAUAAUCACUGGCCUAGGUGAAUGGAAAGAGGGCCAGUCACUAGCAAACUUUGAUGCGCCUCUGUUUUCACAUUUCCGGCGGAGAGCUCCAAGCGGCCAAGACAUUCGACGAAGCUACAGGUAUAGUGUACGCUGCUUUGCGUAA